UUUUAGUUGUUGUUUGACUCUUCGAAGUAGAGGAUCGUCUUUUGUCCGUUUGAUUUCGGUUCGAUUUUCUGUUGAUCGAUACUUCGUCAUCCAGACCGGGCGGCGGUCGGUGCGAGGAUCGUUUCGGAGAACGCGUUGCAUAAAUAAGGAAAAAAGGACUAAGGAGUGCGGAAGAAUAACGAAACGAACACUCUAGUCGGUAUGCAAGGCAUGGGUAAGGAUAUUCCUUUUAUCGCGUAAAAUACACAGUGAAUGGGACACGUGAAGCGAAGUGCAACCGAAGGGAACGAUUUGAAAUCGGCAAAAAGCGAAAAAAGAUUCAAAUUUCAAAGCACUUUUUCUUGGUUCGCAUUGUUGAUGGUUGUAAAAAAAUCGAGAUCAGUCGUUUUAGCGCUGGGGAGAAGAAUUUAGUCGAUUCGAACUUUGUAGGAGUUUCGGAAGGACAAAUUCAAGUAUCGACGACAAAGAAAAUACGGAAAAACACUACCCAAAGCGAAGUGCAAACAGGCAAGGUGUUGGAAAAGCGUUAAAACUCGCGGAUUAUGUGGGAAAGCCGUUGGUUCGACAAAUUGUCCUUUGCGGGAAACCGUUGUGCAAGAAGGAAGUGUGAAAGUGAUUUAAACACAGAAAAGCCGCGGUCAGGAAAAUCUACAUAUGCCAAGUGAAAAUAAAAGGCAACAAAACCCUACUGUGGUACCACUUGGUGGAAACUAAUACUCUACAAUAAGUGAUACGUCAAUUGAAGAAUAAUCGUGGAAAAAGGUCAAAGCAAUUUGCGGUAACAGUCGAGAGUGCAGUUUCUUACAACCGCUUGCGCUUUGUUGAAAAGCUGGUGCCGCUAAGCCGAGAGCCUCAGAGAAUUAGUACUCAUUGUGAUAUUUCAGUACAAGUGAUAUUGCUGCUAAUGGUCGUUUAAAAUCGUAGUAUGAUUGAUGAUGGAUUGAGUCGAUGACAGCGUACUCGUAGGACGUGCAAAGGAAUGGAAAGCAGUGUUUUAGGCAGUGCUACGUAUGCUAGAGACGUCGAUCAGACAUUGCUGUAUUCAUGUUGAAGCUGAGUGUGGAUAACUGGGAUAACUGCAAGCUGCCGUGACAGUGUGACUGCGUGAUGAAUGAGCAUGUUACAGCACUAAAAGAAGAAUAGUUUUCAUAUGAAACAAACAAAUUAUAUCACACUCGUGUACGUGUUUCCUUUGUGCCACUUUUGGGGUCAUAAUUAAAGGAAAAAAAAUCAUAAAUCCAAACGUAUCAAAAACAAAAGAAGAAUUUCGCAGCAGUAUGUUGGACGACGAGCUAAUCGAUCGCCUGAAGAGAAACGGACCGUGAUUGAGUCAGCUGAGUGUUGAUCCCAUCAGAAGGAAUAAAGAGAGGAAAAAAAACCAGGUGAAGUGAUUGUGAAUCCGAUAGUGACGACGCGCAACGAAACCAGAAACCGGCCUGGAGUGUCCGGCCCUCCGAGUAGACCACGCGAAGGCCAGACGACGGAGGGGUCUGCCCGUUGCGAGCAGCGUGCGUAUGAGCCUGUUGUGCGUGUAGUGUUUGUGCGCUUAAUGUGAAAAAUCAUAUGAAAUGGUGACAUUAAUGCCUUGUAGCUAUAUAUCGGCCCCCCGGAUCUCCAUCAUUGAUAAAAUGAUAGAGAUAGAACCAAAGGGUAAAAGAUCACGCACAGAAGGACCAGAACCUCCAGAGAGAAGUCGAACGUACAAUUCCAGUCUUAGUUCAGGUGGUUCAACAGACAGCUGCUUACUACCGAGUAGCUCAACACUUCAUUAUCCAACUGCUUCCCAUUCAGCUGGUUCUUAUUCUCUGUUGAACAACAACUACCGCACUCUUAGCGGCUCGGCGAGCAUUCACAGUGCGCACAACGGACUGAGUUUAUCUUACGGUACAAACCAUAGUUCGACGUCUGGCGGUACCGUAGUGUCCCGUCUCAACGGAGGAGCGUCUUCAACGAUAACAUCUGGAGGAAGCAGCAGCGCAGGAACGGCAGGAAAUUCUUUGGAUGGACUUCCAACGCCCAGUGCUAUCAGCAAUAGUGGAGUCGGCUUGAAUCCCACAAAUCACGGGACAUCAACAACUGCACUGGCUUCGUCCGAGCUGGGGAUGUCGCAUUGGUUAACCGACGGGACAGUCAAAUCCGAAAUCCGAAGUCCAGGACUUGACGCCGCCAUCUCAGGUGGGAACCUUCCAGUCGGUUCAACCCAUCUGGACAGUUCAUUGUUCUGCGCCAAUCCUAACAACUUAGACACUCUUCAAGGCAGUGCGAACACGUACGACAAGUCAGAGUACUAUCCGUACGCAUACAACAUGCAGCAAUACGCACCGUUUACGUAUUCAUCUUACGGUUCGCCGUAUCAAACGAGGACGUCCUCGAAAAUCCCAUCACCAAAUACAUAUCUUCCCUCCAGCUAUGCGGCUGCAGCAGCCAACAAUAACUCAGCACAAAUCUACUCAUCCUACGGUUAUAACAACUUCGCACAAUUCGGCACUAGUCAGCAGGAUUACUACAACUACAACGAUCCAACGUACUCGCCGUACUACCAGACAGCCACCUACCCACCGUACGUCAGUUCACCGGGCUCCAGCGGGAGUCAAAGCUUCCAUGUGGCAGCGGGUCUGUCGGCCGAGAGUCCCUCGGAGGGGCAUUCGGCUGCAACGCCCACCAUGCUGACCCACUCGCACUCGCCUCAGUCUCCCCUCUCCAUCUCACCUACCAUUCAGGCCGGUUCGGCAGCGGCAGUAGCAGCGGCUGCCGCAGCUGCAGCUGCCAAAACUACCCCAUCGGGAAAACCAGGACGGGCGCGGGGGCGACGACAUGCACAUCCAAGCCCGACGAGGAGUUCCACUUCAGAACCGGGCGUUACGGAGAAGGCACCAGAGCGAAUAUUCGUGUGGGACCUGGACGAGACCAUCAUCAUUUUCCACUCGUUGCUGACGGGGACCUAUGCUGCAAAAUAUAACAAGAGCCGGGACCAUCACAUGCAACUGGGCUACCGGAUGGAGGAGCUCAUCUUCAACAUGUCGGAUGCCUUCUUCUUUUUCAACGACCUGGAAGAGUGCGAUCAGGUACAUAUCGACGACGUGUCCUCCGACGACAACGGGCAGGAUCUGAGCAAUUAUAAUUUCACCGCCGAUGGUUUCCACCCCGGAACAGCCCAAGGAGCUCCACCUAAUAUUUGCCUUCCUAAUGGCGUUCGCGGAGGCGUCGACUGGAUGCGAAAGCUGGCAUUUCGCUAUCGUAAAAUUAAGGACACCUACAACACCUACCGAAACAAUGUUGGGGGGCUUCUAGGACCCCAGAAACGGGAACAUUGGCUGCAGGUUCGGUCCGACAUAGACUUCGACACGGAUAGUUGGCACAGCUUAACGUUGAAGUGUUUGAACAUGAUUGCCCAGAGGGAGAACUGCGUCAACGUCCUGGUGACAACAACGCAGUUGGUUCCAGCCCUGGCCAAAGUGUUGCUUUAUGGUCUGGGGCAAAUCUUCCCAAUAGAAAAUAUUUAUAGUGCAAAUAAAAUAGGUAAGGAAUCCUGCUUCGAACGAAUCGUCACGCGAUUUGGACGAAAGAGCACCUACGUGGUCGUCGGUGACGGUCAGGACGAGGAAAGUGCUGCCAAAAAUCUUAACUUUCCCUUCUGGCGGAUAUCGAGCCAUAGUGAUAUUCGGUCGCUGCAUACCGCCCUGGAGAUGAACUUCUUAUGAAGAUGCUCACCAACGAACUCUGCUUGGGAAGUGAUGAUGGCUGCGAAGCAUCGUCUCAUACUUGCUGUGAAUGCAAAUAUAAGAUUUAGUGAAAUUAGACAGUUUCAAGAAAUGUGUAAAAGACGCGAUUUAGCUUAAAGAUAUUUGAAAUUGUUGGUCUUAUGAAAAUGAGUCCACGUGUAUAUUGAAAUCCUGUAUGUAUCUAAUACAAGAUAGCACUUUGUAAAAUAUAUUCAUAUAACUAUUGACUAAUUCAAAACUUUUCAUAGAAUCAGUAUUCAAACAAAGAACGUAUAUCGUAGAGGACGGAAUCAUCCACCAACAUGAAAAUCUCGCGCAACGAUGCUCAAUCAAUGCACUGAAUUACACACAAAAAAAUCCGCACUAAACUCAGUUUCGUUUCCCAGUGUACUAAUCGUCCUGUUUGAUAGGUUUUUUACAAAACAAAAUGUUAGCCUAAUCUACGCGUCAAACUGAGUUGUACUAAAAAGUAACAUAGAUAUGUAAAAUAUAACAGAAUGAGUAAUAAAACCUGCCGUUGAUGGGCAGGAAGGGACGUCCCCGUAAGCGCAAACUGUCGCAUCUAUCAGCCAUCUGUGUUAAAAUUAUAAGACCCGUGCGGAGGAAAUAUCAAAAUUUGUAUGAUUGUGUUAUACCUAAUAAGGAGAUAAGAGAGUCGUCCAUUUGUAAAUAUUAUCACUGGAAAAGAAUCAAAAUAUAAACCCAAACGUUUACUAUGGAAUUUCUAAAUAAAUUACCCUCAUGUAAAGCUAAAGAUAAGAAAAUGUGUAUUUAUAAGCCCUAUCUAAUUAUAUCAAUAAAUGAACACAAACGUA